AUGGAACAGGUGUCCUCGAGGUCGCAGCUCGGCACCCCGGGGGCUUUGCUCCAGGCGGCGGAAGAGCUCCAAGAGCGAGGGCUGGCCGUGCUGGACGCCUCACCUUUGAAAGCUACUUGUGUGGCCGCUUCCAAAGAGGCUCUUCGGCUACCUCCCAGGCUUCUGCGAGCCGCCCCGACCGCUUCGGACCACAAGGUCUGCAUUGCUGAUGGCCUGCUGGGCGAGGACGGCACGCAGCAGGUCGCCUCGAUUCUGGACUUGAUGAGUGAGAGCCGACUGGAGCUUCAAGCUCUCAAGCGGCUGGUUGAGCAGAGCGAGCAGCUCUGCCGGGACCUCGCGCGCGAGGGAGCAGAGCUCAUCCCGGGAAACCUCGCCACCUCCGAGCCGCUGCUGUUGGAGGCGUGCACGCCCCUCUCUCUGACUCCGGCCUUGGAGGAGCUCACCGAGGAGACGGCGCAGUAUUGGUCAGACCUCUACGGGCGUUCGGUGUACCAGGUCUUACUGUUCUUGGGCCCGGCG